AUGGAACCUACAUGUCUAUUCUCAAAGCGGUUGUGCUUCUCAACCCUCCUCUCAACAAUCCUCUCAUCAACAAUCCUCAACAACAAUCUUCUCAUCAAUAAUCCUCUUAACAACAAUCCUCUCAACAACAACAACUUCGAUCCUCCAUAUGAUUAUGUUGGGUUUAACACGGCAACUAUUUCUCUUCACGAGCAUAGCUUGGAAAAGUAUUAG